GGUUUUAUUGUGUUUAUAUUUGGCUUAGGGCAUCAAUUUGCUUUUAUGCAAGGACGACCACAACGACAAGGAGUUCAGGAUUCCGGCUGUAAGCUAGCAUUAUCAGUGAAGUCAGGCUAGGCAGCAAUAACACAAAUAUGUCCAUAUAUGCAUGCGUGUGCAUGUGGAGCAUGUACAAUGUUCUUGGGUAGAAGACAGGGGGCAUAUUGCAUUAGCUGGUAGUGCAACAACGUUGAUGUUGCAUCGAUUACAUAAUCCAUUUACACAAAUGGCAUUUUAAAUACAUUAUUGACUGACAGAGGCGUGGAGCGCGUUUUGAACAAGGCUUCAGUUCGGCCAACAUUGCGUAUGCGUAUUGUGCGCCAACCAAAGAGUUAAGCAAAUUCAAUUGAUGUGCAUUGGCGGUAAUAUAGACGUAUUAACGUCUCCCCCUCGACCUAUUUAACAGAUGUUUAAUUAGUGCACAAAUGCAAUUGUUGCUGCCUGAUAAGUCCGUAAAGGGCAAUCCAAUACGACUUAAAACGGCUUACUUACAUUUAUUGAAGACUAGUAAUAUAAUAACGAGCCGUGUUAGAGCGCAUUGAACAUUGUAGACGUCUUUGUUAGUAUAAAGUCUUAAGCUAUUUAAUUAUACACAGGCCUUCAAAGAAGAUUUGCCGUUGAUUGAAAUAUUGCCAGCGUUUAAAUGCUAUCAAAUCAUAUCAAAACGUAAUAAACUACUUAAUCUAUUUCAAGUGUGUGUAAUUGUAGGACUGCAGGACCUUUAAAUAAAUACCCGUUUUAUUUAAUUUGACUGCAUAAAGAAUUUACUUUACAUUAAGGCAUGUUUGCCAAAUUCAAACAAACGAAAAAAAAUCUACAGCAAAACUGGGGAGAUCGAUACUUAGUAUGAUAAAACUAUUCUCCCAUGACCACUUAAAUUCGACAAAAGAGACAUUUUAUAAAUAUUUUUGCAGUUGACACACAUCUCUUGAUAAUGAGGCAUUUGACUUUGAAGUGGCGCCAUCUGGCGCAGAGAUAUGUGUUCGAGUGAAGUACUUUGAUCAAACAAAAAAAUAUCUCAACAAUCAUCAACAGCAUUACCAUGGCCAUCAUUAUUAUGGUGAUGGGCAAAAGAGUGCACACACGCCACAAAGUCAUUUACCGAACCGAAUCGUUUGGCACGUUUCGGCCCACAGAUGGCGCAUUGAUGAUGAUUAUACAUAUAUCGCAUGAGGACGUUGAUGAGGAUGCAAUAUAUUUGAAGCCAAUGCCUGGCGUCGAUAAAUUAAAGUGCAGGCAUCGAAGCAGUGCUGAAAACGCUCAUUAAUAAGUAUUAAGUAAUAAUGGAACAGUUGCAAUGGUGCCUGGUGCAAAUCGAAGCUUUUGAUGAAAUUUAAGAAAAAUUUAAAACUUAUUCAAAGCCUUCACGCCACCCGGUAGGCAGCUGCAAAAUGCAGGCGAAAUCAAGCAGCAAGAAAAUGCACACGGAAACCGAAAGCAGAAAUGCAGAGUAGAAGCCAAGGGGAUAGUGCAGAAAUACAUAUAUAUAUAUGUAUGGAUAAACAAGGCAAAAUGAAGGAAGGAAAACGAAGCAGCCAGACAAAACCACAGGCACUAAAGAUACCGAAAAGUAAUGGAACUAAUUGCUCAACGAAAGGCGGCCAGCCUAUCAGUCAAAAGCCCAUUGUUCCCCACGAAAGUGAAAAUGAAAAUGCCAAUGCCAAGCUCAAAGCCAACUAGCUGCAAUAAUAAUUGGAGCAACUGCAACUUGCAACCAUCAACUAGCAACAAGCAACUUGCAACAACCAAGUGGCAACUACUAUGUAGUAUAUAAAAGCAAGUGCUUUGCGCGCAGGCGCCGACAGUUGAAAUUCGCCAGCAGCCACGAAAGUACGAGCUCUUUAAAUCGAAAAUCUGCAUUCAACAGUUGCUGAAAUAUUCAAAUUGCGCGGUGGGAAUAUCGAAGUUUAUUGGCCAACAUGAGGAAGCAUUGCGUAAGUAAGCCAGAAAUGGAUUGCCGAGGAAGUGUAACACAUCAGCUAAUUGUCUCUGUCACCUGAUUUGCAUCCGGUCGAAUAUGGUUUACUUCAACUGGACGUAGGUCAACUGGAUUUGGAUGUUUUUGCUGCUGGAGCUGAUUUUGAUCAGAGCCGAACAGCAGGCAGAGGAUCACAGAAUUCAGCGUCGUUUUAUGUGGCAAGAGAUGAAUAACUCCGUGAUGGGUGGCGUGCUGGGACGGAUGUUCAACGGAGCCCGGGCGAUGAAGUCGAUGCUCACGGAUCUCAUGCCGAGCACGGCGGGAUAUGGACAGAAAGUCAACAUGGAUUUUCUGCCAACAGAGAUGACGCGAGUAAAGUACAUUAUUCGCAAUCCACAAACUAACAAGCCGAUGAAGAUCAUCAAGAUGCGACCGUCGCCAAAGAAGGUGAUUAAGCUGCGGAGACCCUUACCCAAACCCACUAUCACUGAGUCCUCGGUGAUGAUCUCCCAUGGGAUCCAUAAAGAUCAUCGGAUGAGACAGUUGGAAAAGGAGCAAGAACUCAUAGCCGAGGGCAAGGCACCGAUGACCAGCGAUGAGGCCAUAAUGGAUAAGUACUUUAAGAAGCGUCCACGAGGCGGUUCCUCCAACGAGGUCAUCUCUGGCAAGAUUAUGGAGUACCAGAGUUGGAAACCCGUGUACAAGGCGGGUGAAACACCUUCAACUUUCGUGACUUUAAAACCACAACCCCUGACCCACUUGCACACGGACAUAUCCAGUGGAGAUCAUGAGAUGCUACCAAAGCCUGAGAAGCUGGUGAGCUACGAGUACGAAAGGGAAGAGGAUGACGAAGCGGAGAACGAGGUGGCCAAGCAAAUGGGUCACCGAUACGAGGUUACCGAGCAUACAGGCGAAGCUAGCGGCGAGGUGGAAACGGUCGAAACAGUGGCCUCCAUGGAGAGUGGUUUUGUGCCCAGUCAGGGAAUGACGUUCAGGUCUCCACCACCAGUACAGCAUGCUCCGAGGCCCAGACAUCGAACUCCGUCCAGCACCACGAGUACCAGCACAACAACAACAGAGGCACCCAAUUAUCCCGCCUCGUUCCUGAAGAAAUACCGCGAACGAGAGGCCACCACCACCCGCAGACCACGGAAACACCACAACAAGGAGGCCUAUCUGAUCCGCGAGAGCGAGGACAGCUCGGAGGGCAGUACCACACCGCCAACCUUUGCGAUGAGCAGUUUGAGGGCUCGCCUCCAGGAUCAGCAGCGCCACCAGAAACACCAGCACAAGCAGCAGGUGGAGGAGGAGGAGCUGGAGGCCGCCCUCGUGGAUGCCAUGCAUGGCGAGAAGUGGCCAGCGGAGGUGGCCCACAGCGGGUUCCAGCUGGCCAGUCCCAUUGGUCCCAGUGCAGUGGCAUUCGAACAACCUGUGGCCAAGGCGCCAAGGGGCCAAUACAAGCGCCAGACGCGCGAUAAUAUCCGGCAACGUGGAUCAAUCAAGUUUGGCGACAAACCCAACUACGAUGAAGCCUGAGGAAGCGGGCCUGAGGAAAGCCAGGUAGCA